AUGUCGACGAUACCACCUUUACAGCGGUUACCCUCAAGGGUCGAUUAUUAUGAAAAGUUCGACGCACCCGUUAAGAUCGAAUGUAGAUGUAGGGAUAUUUGGCCUGAACAAUGGGGGAAAGUUUUACAGAAUAAGUUAGGGAAAAACCCCGAACUUGCUGGUACCGAUGAAAUGGUCCUGGAUGCUUAUUGUUGCGCACACAAAUUAAAGAAUGAAAAACCGGACUCCAGUGGUGAUCCCUGUCUUUUUUUUUAUUACUGGAUGGAACAUAGAUUCCACAGCCAUGACGACAGAACGAAGUUAAAGAAUUUCAUGGGAGAAAUAUACGAAACUCUGAAAAAAAUUCCCUAUAAUCAUAAAUGUAAAGUUAUGUACAAAUCUAAUAUUAACUGGUACCUUCUCGGAUACAUAAAAGAAAUAUAUGAUUUUUGCUAUAACUAUAAUACCAUACAGAGGCAUGCAGAGCAAUAUAGGGGUACAUAUGGUCAGACAUAUUUAACGUACCUGCGGAAAAUUGGUACAGCAUGUAUUAAUGCAGGAGCGCAUUGUAAGAGUCCAGAGAAUAAGGAUGAUCCUUACUGUAAGUGGUUUAAUGAGGAAAAAGAGGAAAAAUACUGCAAUCGCCAGAAACUAUUAGAACUAGAAAAUGGAGCACCUUACCCACCAAAACACAAACCAAAUCCGGACCAAAACCAGGACUGCAAUUUGGAAAAUUUGAAUUCAAAAUUAAUGUACAAUGAAUUGGACGAAGGAAUAGAUUACAGUGUCGACGGUACACCUGCGUGUAAAUGGGAUACGGAUGGGACUACAUUGAAGACUUCUUUAGAGAAUGAAUUAAGGGAUUAUGUAAAUAUUAAGAAGGAUGCUGAUAAAAUAGCAAAAGGUUGGUGUUACCUAAUUAAUAGGAAAGACGAAAAUAAAAUAAAUGGUCCCACAUACUAUUUAUUCUAUUAUUGGCUAGGAAGUAAAGUAUGGAAAAGCGCAAAGGACAGGAAUUCAUUUAAAGAAAUUAUGAACAACAUUUACCUUCAACUGGGAAACAAGCUUAACGGAAUUGAGCGGGGGCUCACAUACACUAAUAUUGGCGAAAACGAAUUCCAGAAAUUGAAAGAAAUAUUCGAUUGUUCUUAUGAUUAUUCAACUAUAGAAGACUAUGUGCGUGGUGAUUCUGGGGCACCUAAGUCUCAGUGUAUUGAGAAAUAUUACUGUCACCUGGAACAAGCUCUUUCAGCCUAUACAUAUAUGAACGCAAAAUGUCCAAGGAAAGAUAAUAAAGAUGAUUGGUGUAAAGAAUUCCAGAGAAUUCUUUCUGAUCGAAGUUAUAGGGAGCUUUCAGAAUUGAAAUCUAAAUUGGAAUUAUUACGGAAACCUGUAGUGGACAAAUCGCAUCAAUUAAACACAACAGAAGCAACCUCCUCUGGGAGCGCUGUUGCUGGUGUCUCUUCCACAUUAACAUUGCUAGGAUUACCAGCGGCUGCUUUCUUCCUUUACAAAUAUAAUCUCCUACCCUCUUGGGUAAGUAACUACUUUGGUAAUAACAAUAGUAGAAACGGAAGAAAAAGAAGAUCAAUAGGACGGAACUCCGGCACACGAAUUGAAAAUUUCACCGAUUACUCCUCAGAGAAUAAUUCAACAAUAGGUCCAACGGAAUAUUCAACAGAGAACUCAACAGUAGAAUCAAUAGAUGCACCUACCAUAUACAGAAGACCACACAGAGGAAGAAGAACAAAUAAUAGACGAGGCCACCAAAAUAUAGGUUAUCAGAAUAUGUAG